GUUGAAAAUUACUAUCGGCCGCAUAUAGGCGGAGAAUUAGCGUUUCUUUUGAUCACAACAUUUUUUUUUGAUUUGGUUCCAUAAUUAAAGGAGAAGGUGAAGUUGAGCGUAGCCAAGAACAAAGGGACUGCGACCAAAACACCAUGCUGCGGGCGAUAGGCAAACGGGACAGGGACAUAUUCGACGAGGUAUGGCCAGAGAAAAGAAAAAUUGUUCUCAAGCUGCUGCGCCAGGAGACGGUAUCGCAGCUCGAAUGGCAGGAUCUCUUCUUUGGCGUGCACUUCGUGUGCCUGUGGGACGAGAAGGGAGCCUCCAAAAUCUAUGACGGCCUCCAGCAGGACAUUGUCGAAUUCAUUGUGCAGGCCCAGUCCAAGGUACAGGCGCAACGGGGCGAACAGGCGCUAUUGGCCACCUACAUUGUGGAAUGGCGUAAAUUCUUCACACAGUCCAAUUACCUGCCGCUGCCAUUUCGUCAGUUGGAACAGUCGCCGCAGGUAAAACCUGCGUCCAGUUCCAGCUCCACAUCGUCAUCAACCUCCGCUGGCGGUGGCGCAUCCACCUCGAAUGCCGCUGCCUCCACCAGCAAUCAAGCAUCCUUAAGCAGUUCCUCCGCAAAGGCCUCAACAUCGGCAGCGGCUUCUAGUGCUGCUUCCACCAGCGUUGGCGCCGCUAGCAAUUCCGCCACAGCUGCUGCCUCAAGCUCCAAGAAGAGUCCCACAGAGGACAGUCCGGUUCGCAAGCUAAUGCUCGAUUCGUGGAACAAGCACAUUUUUCACGACAUCAAGGAUCGCCUGCAAGAGUCAGCCAUGAAGAUUGUCCAUGCCGAACGCAAUGGCGACGCCUACGAUGCCCAACUUGUAGUCGGGGUGCGUGAAAGCUAUGUUAAUCUGUCCUCGAAUGCAGAGGACAAGUUGGAAAUCUAUCGGGAGUAUUUUGAGAAGGCCUAUUUAAAGGCCACCGCCGACUUCUAUCGGCUUAAAUCCGCAGAGCAGCAGCAAGAGAACGGCGUGCUAGCCUACAUGAAAUACGCGGACGCCAAGCUGCGCGAGGAGGAGGUCCGCGCCAAGCGUUACCUGGAGCCUAGCAGCUUUAACAUACUAACAUGCCGUCUGGUCAAGGUGCUAAUUGUGGAUCACCUCAAUUCGAUCAUAGCCGAGUGCCCGGCGCUGAUACGUGAUUACGAGACGGACCGUUUAAAUCUAAUGUUUCGCCUGAUGGAUCGCGUGCUGGACGGGGAGGGCGUCGAGGCAAUGAUGGGCGAUCUGCAGCGGCAUAUCAAGUCCGCCGGCCUAGCUGACAUGCAGUCCGCCUCGGAGAUCAUUACUCAGGACUCGGAAAAGUACGUGGAACGACUGUUGGAGCUCUUCAAUAAGUUUAGCGAUCUGGUUCGCAAUGCGUUCAACGAUGAUCCGCGCUUUCUCACUGCCCGCGACAUUGCCUUCAAAAUGGUGGUCAACGACACCAGUGUGUUCAAAAUGGAGCUGCCCACAAGCAUUGCGAAUCGCGGUGUCAAAUACACAGCACCGGAAAGCAAAUGCCCUGAGCUGCUGGCCAACUACUGUGACAUGCUGCUCAGGCGCACGCCUCUGAGCAAGCGCCUCACCAGCGAGCAGAUCGAUGCACGUCUACGGGAUGUGCUGCUCGUCCUUAAGUAUGUGAACAACAAGGAUGUCUUUAUGAGGUACCACAAGGUGCACUUGACGAGACGUUUAAUCCUUGGCACAAGUGCUGAUAGUGAAAAGGAGGAGGACAUUGUUGAAUGGCUGCGCGAGGUGGGCAUGCCCGCAGACUAUGUCAACAGGCUAGCACGCAUGUUCCAGGACAUUAAGGUGAGCGAGGAUUUAAAUACUCAAUUCCGUAACUCGAUAAGCCGUCAUGAUGCCAUCAAUAUAAAAAUACUCAAUGCUGGCGCCUGGGCGCGCUGUUCGGAGCGUGUCUCAGUUUCGCUGCCCAUCGAACUGGAGGACUAUAUACCCGAUGUUGAGGAGUUUUACAAGAAAAAGCAUUCCGGCCGUAAGCUGCAAUGGUAUCAUCACAUGAGCAAUGGCACCAUCACAUUCGUUAACAAUUUCGGUCGCUACGAUCUCGAUGUGACCACCUUUCAAAUGGCUGUGCUCUUUGCCUGGAAUCAGCGGCAGCACGACAAGAUCUCAUAUGAGAAUCUACGUUUAGCCACCGAGCUGCCCGAUCCCGAACUGCGACGCACUUUAUGGUCGCUGGUCGCAUUUCCCAAGAUCAAAAAACAAAUCUUGCUUAUGGAGCCAGCAGCCAUUAGUUCGCCCAAAGAUUUUGCCGAGAACACCAUGUUCUAUAUCAAUCAGGAGUUUGCCAUUGUGAAGAAUGGCAAAUCUCAACGGCGCGGCAAGUUAAAUCUAAUUGGACGGCUGCAAUUGAGCACGGAGCGUUCGCAGCAGGAGGAUAAUCAGUCCAUUGUGCAGCUGCGCAUAUUGCGCACCCAGGAGGCAAUAAUAAAGAUUAUGAAGGUGCGCAAACGCAUGAACAAUGCGGCGCUGCAGGCGGAGCUGAUUGACAUACUGAAGAACAUGUUCCUGCCAUCUAAGAAGAUGAUUAAGGAGCAGCUUGAAUGGCUCAUUGAGCACAAGUAUAUGAGACGCGACGACGAUGACAUCAACAUGUUUAUUUAUGUGGCCUAACUGUGAUGGCCUUUGCGUCCUUGCCGAGUAACCAUUCCCACUCCUAACCCACAACCCAGCCACAGCCAGCCUCCUAUCCCUACACUUUGUUUGUAUGAUCAUCAUUUCUUAAUUGGUUGCGUGCUCUAAGCGCGCGCUCUCUCUCUCACUCUCUAUAUACAUAUAUAUAUAUAUCUCAGUCACCCAUUUUUAUGGGAUCCUAGUUUGUUACGUUGACAUUACGUCCUGGGCAGCGUUUUCGAAAUUGAAAAAAUUGUUUUUUCUCCUAUUUGUAUGUUUUUUGUUUUGUGUAAACGCGUAAUUAUUUUUUAUAUUCGCCUAUUGGCAGCUCUGUUUAACGUCUUAGGUAUUAUAUAUACUGUAUGUAGCCGCCCUCUGAUAACGAUUACAAUUAACGCUAAUCUAUAGAGCAGAAAAAAACCUUUUGCUGUUUUCUACGUUUGUAUGUAGUCUUUGUUUAUGUUGUGCAUUUUGAGUUAUUGCUUAGGUAAUUUUGUAAAGUCUCGUUACGUGUGGCAAACGCUCACAAUCACACACUCACGCUCACACACGCCCCGCAACCUUACACACAUCCAUUGGCAUGUAGGGUUUGACUUGAGAACAAGUUGAAUCCCUUCAAAGACACUGAAACAUACGAAGGCAAAACUAAAACUAGAAUAGCAAUAUUAUAUGUUUAAGUUAAUGAAAUUAUAAAGCAUAUAAAUUGUAUUUUAAAUAAAUUAAGUAUAAAUACGA